AUGUUUAAUAUUGGUACAUGUAUGAUCGAGCCCAAUACUGGAAGAUGUAAAAAAGAAUACGUUCCACGAAUAAGCGGUUAUCGUCGUGCCUUACAUUCUGAUUUACCAACAUUGGAACGUUUAAUAUCAAUCAAAACUUAUGACAUAUUUGGAAAUAUCGAUAUUGGACAAUUAUACGAAUCCUCCUGUUAUACUGUAAUUCAAUACAACGAAAAAGAAGAUAUUAUAUCAGGAAUAUUUCUUUGCAAUUAUCCUAAUAUUCCAUCAAUUCCAAAACAGGAAUGGCUUCAUUGUUUAACAUUACAUUAUAAAAUAGUUCCAAUAGAUUUCAAGGAUACUUUUAUGGUGCAAGCUUUGUACUUGAGUACACGAUACACUGUUAUUCCAAGAUUAAAGAUUCGUCGUGCUGUGGAGGAAGAUAACGACGACAUAAUACCGAUAAUCGAUGCAGAUUCAUCCUAUGUAAAAGAAUUGUAUGGGGAGUAUUACAUAAGCGAAAUGAUUCGCUAUCCUGACGGUCAUCGUCAGUUAAUCGUUUCUGAGGACGACAAUGGUUUGACUACUGGAGUGAUUUGCCUUAACUCGAACAUUGACGUAGAUAUUUUAAACGAAAAUUUUGAAUUAAAUGUUUAUCGUGGAUUGAGAAAACCACAUGAAACAGAUGAUGGUAUUGAAAUAUUUCAAAAAAGUACAAGCGAAAUUUUGUCGAAAAAUUUCUCUGGAAACAUGCAGGAUUUAUUAUCAGAUAAUGUUAAACUCGAACGAAAAUCAAGUGCAAUGAUCGAGAAUAAAAUUGAGACUAAAACUAAUUUCGAAAAUGAUGAAAAACUUCAAACGAAUGAUACAGAAAUUAAAGAAAUUUAUAAUCGAAAGGUAUCUUUGCCCAAAGAAAAAAAACACGUUCGUAUCAGCGAAGUUUAUAACAACGACGAACAAAUAAUAGAAGAAACUUUUCACGAAUCUAAAGACGAACAUUUCGUGAUGAAUAUUAAAAAUUCUGAUAAAAAUGUCGGAUCAAUGAUACCCGAUCAUUUGAAUGUAAACGUUGCGUUUGCAGAUGCAAUUAAUCAAAUACCGACUUUGGAGGAACAUCAUUUCGUCAGAUCAAAAUCAAAUCAUAUCGAGCAAAAGAUUUUCACGAUUCCAAAUUAUUACGGUAAAGUAAAUGCAUUCGUUAUAGAAAUGUUUGCUGUACGAGAUGACAUUGGCAAUCGUGGUACCCGAGAAUUUUUGGAAACUACUUUCGAGUGUUUCCCUGAUUUAGAUUACUGCGUAUUACUUUUACCAUCUGCUUACUCGUACUUUUCAUUUUUGGAACAAUUUGUGCGAGUACCAUUGAGAUGUAACAAAGAUUUUCCUAUGUCUUUGUACUUGUCUCACAAGGCAGUACUUUUCGGAGAAAUAAAAUCAUAUAAAGCUAAUUUAUCCGAUAGAACUAAAAUUGAGAAAUUUUUAAUAUCAGAUAAUACUAUUAUUGGCUUAGCUAUUGUAUGCAUCGAAAAGGAUCACGAAGAACUUAAAAAGAACUUUCACGUAGAAGAUUUUAUCACGAGACGAUAUAUAUUUAACGAAGCUUAUGGUCGUUUAUUACAUUUCGUUCUUAUGCCAAUAUUUUCGAUUAAUCAGAGAUAUUUCUUUUGCGAAAUUAUGCGACUAAAUGACUUGACGAUUCUUUAUUAUCGUCUAUACGAGGAAGAAGGAAGUUCACUCACUAGAACUCAGUCAUUGGUAUCUUGUUUGCACACCAUGGUACCAGUUAAUCCCCGUAGAAGAAUAGAAUACAAAUUUUGUGAUUGUUCUUCGACAAAUAAUAUCACUGAUGAAAUAUAUAAAAAUACAAAUAAUAACAAAGUAUUUACACUAUUUAUGACGACACCGAGAAUUGCAACAAUACCAAACAAGAUCAUCGAUACAAAGAUAGUCGUCGUAGGUGGUUCCGAUUGUGGCAUAGCUUUUGUCGAAUUUUUAGCAUUAGGGUAUCAACAAAAUUUCGUUAACUUUACGAAUUUAACUUUGAUAUCACCUAAUGGAUUGCCAUACGAAAAAAAACAUAAUGAUCUUAAAUGGGAUAUGAUGAUACCGUUUAAAGGAAAAUAUUGUCGGGAUUAUCGACACCUUAUUACCAGACGUGCUUGGAUUAAUGUCGUUUACGGAACAUUAUUAGCGAUUAAUAGGAAGGAAAAAUACGUGACUGUAAUGGAUCAAGGGAAUUUGAGUUACGACUUUUUGAUAUUAACUUGCGGUCUCCAAUAUCAAAAGACAUUAUUCAGGGAUAAAAAAAUGGAGACGCAAAAGGAGGGAGAUAUCACAAAAUCGGAAAUCAUUUGGAAUUGUUUAACUAUUAACGAUGAUGUCGAAGCAUACGAAGCCAUUGUAUUUUAUGGUCAUAAUAUCGAUUGUUAUUGUGCUCUUCAUGGAUUAUUGAAACAUGGAAUUAAAGGUUCUUGGAUUACUUUAAUCGAACCUAAAUUAAAAUUAUGCGACCGACACGACAAUGUUUUCUUUUAUAAUUGCGAAGUUGAUACAACCAUAAUGAAUUCCAUUUUGGAAAAUGAAAUAAACAUUCUUUUAGGAUGGAACGUAAUUAAUUGGAAUUUAUUAGAGGAAUGUAAAAAUAAUAAGAAUAAAAUCACAUCGAUCGUUGUAAGAUCAGGAAAUAAAAUUCGAACCAUUCCUUGUGACAUUUUUUUCAAUUUUUAUAACAAACAAAUUGAUACCAAUUCAUUUCUAGAAACUUUUGGUUUAUCCUGUAUUUUGUGUCUGUGUUUCGAUAGAUUAUACGCAAAUUAUUUUUCAUUGAUUUUAAUUAUACAUAUAUAUAUUCCAGCAAUUUGUCGUGCUGGUUUAGUAUUUGAUGGUCGUCUGGUGAUAAAUCCUGAAUUUCGUACGAACGACCCAUUUGUAUUCGCAGCUGGUGCGAUUACCAAAUAUUCAAGAAAAUUUCAAGCUGAAUUAUUCGAACACAAGUAUUACAGUAGCAUAGAGAUUGGCGAAAGACUCGGUAAAGUUAUUCGCAAAGUGAUAGAAAUUUAUCAAGAACGUAAAGGUAGAUGCGAUCAUUUUGACAGAAGUAAAUCGAAUUUAUUAUUACCGGAAUUUCGAUCACCGAUCAUUGUAUCCUGCGUAUUACCUGGUGAUUACCAUUAUCUUUACGUCAGCAGACCAGGAAACAAAUUACCACGUGAUAUUUCUAUAAAACAAUCACUUUAUGGUGACGUUAUGAUAACGGGUAAUUGUUUAUCCGAAAUUGGUUACUUUCGUUUACGUGUAAAUUCACGAAAUUUUGUAGAUUCGAUCACGUGUUGCAGUAAGAAGAAUUUCGAAGUACACCAUAUGAUAGCUUUGUACGGAAAACACGACAGUAUGUUAAACGAAGUUAAAUAUCGUUUUAAAAAUUCUCUUAUUUUGGAUUUUUACGCAUACUUUCGUGAACCAUGGGCUAUGGCAUUGUUUUACGACAGAUUCGAAUGUUUGAGAGUAGAAAAUCGUGCCACUUUGUUAUCCAAAACGAAUGUUUCUGGUGGUGAUUCCUUGAUUGAAGAUUGCGUGCGUGCUUUGUUAAAAUCUGAAGGGAAUGAGAUAUCAGAAAAGGAUCGUAAUUUAAUAGAGAAAAAAUAUGUUGGAUCUGUUUAUCAGCAAGAAAUAGAAAACAGUAUAGUUGAUUUUCUACAAUUUUCCGAAGAAGAUUUACCUGUUUAUUGUACGCCACGUUUCGUUAGAUGGUUAUACGCUGAUAUCGAAUCUAGCCCAUUAUUUUUUGAACAAUGA